UGUUAUCCUAUUGCUGAAAAUUAUAGGCAUAAUACAUAAAUAUGCCCUUUUAACUUGCCCUCAAAUCACAUCUAUGAGCUCCAACUUUGGGAGUACACAAGUAGAUACUUAAACUUGUAUAAAGUUGAACAAGUAGACACACACGUCCUAUGUGGCAUAAUACAUGUAUGAUGCCAUGUAGGACAAAAAUUGAGCAUCUAGGAUGCCAAAUAGGACAUAUGUGUCUAGUUGUUCAACUUUUUACAAGUUAAAGUGUUACUUGUGAACAUGCAAAGUUUGAGGUCAUAGAUGUGAUAUGAGGCCAAGUUAAAAGGCAUAGUUAUGUAUUGCGCCAAUAUUAUACUGUGUAGAUAGGUAGAAGAAAUUAUGUAUAUAAACUAAUACGCAUCGAAUUUCCUUGGCUUUUUUGUAUGUGUUAUUUUGUACGUCCUAUGAUUGUGUAGUAAGUAAGGGAGGUACAUCAUGUGAAGUAGGCAGGGUCUGCGAUGACCGGCCCAACCCGGCCUGAUAAGAAAGUGUUCGAUUCAUAAGGACUGUUAGGCGGUCUGGAUUCAGGGUUGUUUAUUUCAUUUUAUUUUUUUCCUAUGGAUUAUUUUAGGUUGUUACCAGAUGGUUGUUUAUCAGAAAUUUUAUCCUUUUAGUUCACCAGAAGAUACUGCUAGAUUAUCUGCUAGUUCAAAAGGAUUUAAGUCUGCUGCUGAAUCUGAUAUUGUUUGGGAGAAAUUUUUGCCAUCUGAUUAUCAACAUAUUAUUUCUAAAUCAAAUUAUUUAUUGAGUAAUUCUCACUAGAAGAAAGAAAUUUAUUUUAGUCUAUGUGAUUACCCAAUACUCAGUGAUGAUGGUAAAUUGGUACGUAUUAUUUUUUUCGUUCUUCGAUUUUUGUUACUAUCUAAUAUUUCGUAAAGUUUGACUAUAGUUUUGUUGUAGUAGUACUGUUUUUUUUACUCUGUUACUGACUUUUGUAUUUUUUUUGUCUUGAGCCGAGGGUUUGCAUGGACACUAUUUAGGUGGACCCUACUUUGAUAUUUAAGAAAAGACUGUGCUUUUAAUCCCAAAUCAAUUGAAGUUAAUUUAUUUUGGUAUUGUUAAAAUACGACUAACUGUAUUAAUUUGGCCUCAAAAUCUGUUGUGGGAUUAUACUGGGUAUGUUGUAGUUAUUGUUGUGGUUACUACUCACUCAGUUUCAAUUCGUUUGUCUAGUUUUGACUUGGUAUGGAGUUUUGACUCUAAUUAUCAACAUAUUAUUUAUAAAUCAAAUUAUUGAAUGUGUAAUUCUCCUUCGAAGAAAGAACUUUAUUUUAGUUUAUGUGAUUCUCCAAUUCUCACUGAUACUAUUUAACGGUUUGGCUAGUUUGAUUAUAGUUCAGUUUUGUUGUAGUACCGAUGUGCUACUAUCUGGUAUUUUGUUACUCUCUUUGUUUCAUUUUACUUGGUCAUGUUAGUUUAUUUUAGGCAUAAUACAUAAGACACAUAUGAACUUGGCUAGACACAUGAACUUGGCUUUUGUUAUCAACUAAACACUUCAAUUUAUCUCGACUAUGCCUCAUGGACACCCGAUGCUGAAGUGGUGUAGGUGUCUAGAUGAUCAUUUUGUAAGUUGGAGUGUUAAGCUAACACGGUGAACACGAGUUGAGGUAUCUAAACGUGCAUGCUCAAAGUUGAAGUGUUUAUUUGCCGGUUGGGGCCAAGUUUGAAUGUUUAUGUAUCAUGUCUUGUUUCUAUUAUUAUUUCUAGUGAAGUUACCACAGACUGUUACAGUUUUACAAGGAUCCCACUAGUCUUGCUUUACAUACGAUGUUGUAUUCACAAUCAAAAUUAGAUUUUUCCUGGAAGUCAUACUUGAGUCAGAGGGUCGUUCGGAGACCACCUCUCUGUCUCCACAAGAUAGGAGUAAGGCCUGUUUUAUACAAUCUACCCUCCGCUGAGCCCACUUGUGGGAGUAUAUUGGAUAUGUUGGCGGUGGUGGUGACGGCUUGAAGUGUACAUUUUACUAAGUAAAGGGUUAGUUGUGUUUCAUCCGAUAUCACGAGGACCACGAUCUUCAUUCAACAAAUAACCGAGAGACCAAAAGUAUAUGGAUGUAUUUCCCUUUUAACUUUUUUGUUUUAGGUGUAGAUGUGGUCAUUUUCUUGAUUUUAUUAUGCUUUGCUUGAGCGGGGAGUUUAUCGGAAACAGUCUCACUACCUUCACAAGGUAGGGGAAAGGUUGUGUAUACACCACUCUCUACAGACCCCACUUGUAGGAAUGCGGUGGGUAUGUUGUUGAUGUGGUUAUUUUCAUGAAUACAAGAAGAAUUCAUCAGCUAACUGUCAAUGAAAAAGGCCCUAUGGUUAUGAAUGGGUAUGAUGUGUGGGUGGAAAUGAGCAGGUGAUUGUACCUAGUCAUGUCAGGUAGUGGCGUAGACAAGAUUUUCACUAAGGGGGUCAGAAGUAAACAUACAAACAAACCAAAGGGGGUGAAACAUCUACUAUAUAUACAUAAAAAUUAAGUUUAACCAUGUAUAAAUGGUAUAAUUUUCUGUUGAAGGGGCUCCCAUGGCCCAGGGUUAGCUUCAUCCCUGAUGUCAGGUGGGGGCAGGGUUGGCCUGUGACUGUCCCAUCCCGACCUGGUAAGAAUCGGCCAGUAAAUGACCCGAUCCAUCCACAAUGGUCAUUGGAUGGUCUGGGUCCCGUACUCGCUUUUAUACAGCUAGACAUAGUUUGGACCUUCGUUUCCUUUUUCGUUGUUUUCAUUUCUGAUGGUGUUGUGUAUUUAUGGUUUGAUAUGUUAAAUAGAGCUUUUCAUUGGACAAGAAGACUGGGAAGAAAUGUUAUAUGGUAUCAGCAAGGGAACUCGUUAUUUCAUGGGGUGAUACACCACAUUAUUGGAUUCUCAGAAGUGGCUGAUCUUCGGUUUGUUUACUGGCAUGAUAUGCGAGGCAGGAUUGAUACUCGGUUACUGUCAAAAAGAACCAAAUAUGUUGUUUAUCUAGUGUUCAAAGUCGCAGGCGGAUCUUAUGGCCUUGAAAAUGCUAAUGCAUUUGUAAGAUUUAUUGAUUGUGAGAGUAAUGAUGAAGCUGAGGAACGAGCUAGUGUUGUUAGUAUUUCAGUACAACCUGGUGAGAAUCGACACAAGAGAAGAGUCGAUGGAUGGUUGGAAAUAGAAAUGGGGAAUUUUUUCAACGAUGCAGGCGAGGAUGGAGACGUCGAAGCGAGAUUGAUGGAGACUAGGCGUAUCUUUACAAAAGGUGGCCUCAUCGUUCAAGGAAUGGAGUUUCGACCAGAAUGAAGAAUCCUUCUCAAUAUGGCCCUUCUCACCAAAUAGUCGAACUCGAGUUAUCCAUAGAGUUGGUUCACACUUCACUAUAUCAAUGUACAAUACAAGGGUGAGUUACUGUUUGUACAAACCUCAUUUGCUUUUUAUGAUUGUAAAUAAAAAAUGGUCCGCGUACACUCUACCAUCCCAGAUUCCACUUGUGGGACUACACUGGGUAUGUUGUCCUUGACUGUAAAUGAAAUAUGACACUUGUUUUACAGCAUCAAUUUCUACACUCUGCAUCAUUAUGCCUUGACU